CGCAGCUGCUCUCGGUGCCGCAGCGCUGGCAGCUCGCCGCCCGCCGCACCGCCAGCGCGCCGCCCGACGAGGAGUCGGGCGGGGCCGAGGCCGUGCGCGGCGCCAACCGCAUGCUCGCCUUUGCCAUUGAGGGGCUGGACAUGAUGGGCCAGAUCACCACCGUCGUCGAUGGCACCGUGCGCAGCGCCGAGUCCUGGCUCGCCUCCAUUGGGCGUCCGCCGCGCCAGGACCGCGCGGGGCCUGCGGACAAGACGGCGGCUGGCCGGCGCGCGUCGGACGCCUUUUCUGCCGACCAGAAGCGGUAGUUGGCCGGCGGACCAGGAGCGGUGGUUGGCCGGCGGACCAGGAGCGGUGGUUGGCCGGCGACGCUGCAGCGCAUGCCCGGAGGUUUUCUUUGUCCCUGUCUGCUCAGCGAGGCGCUGUGGUGCUGCUUGUGCGUGUCGCGCGGGUGCUAUGUACACUGUCCCUUCCUAGACGGCUUUUUCUUCUCCAUUCUUCUCUUCUCGUGCGGCCUGGAGUUCGGAGAGGGUUGUGAAAAGCGAAGCAGCUUGUUCGUUCAAUAUACCAUUCCCAUUGUCCUGUUGACACACCUUUUGUGCCGUUGGAUGGUGCAGCUCUGCCAUCGCCAUUCAUGUGUCUGGGGCUCUCGAGUGAUGCGAAUGUUCUUCUGCUGCUGUGUGCAUGCUCUCUGCUGUGUGCAUACUCUCUGCUCUGUACAUACUCCCUGCCGUGUACAUACUCUCUGCUCUGUACAUGCUCUCUGCUCUGUACAUACUCUCUGCCGUGUACAUACUCCCUGCUGUGUACAUGCUCUCUGCUCUGUACAUACUCUCUGACGUGUACAUACUCCCUGCUGUGUACAUACUCUCUGCCGUGUACAUACUC